AAUGGCUAAUAAUUCCACCCUUUUACCCGCGAUGACCAGCAUUUCAAGGCUUUCGCGCAUCACCACCGCCGCCGCCGCCACCACGGCCGCCAAAGCUUCUCCUUUCCGGCCUGCUGCCGCUACUCUUUUCGUCCAUUCUAUUCUCUUCCCAAAUAGGAAGAAAUUUGUCGCCAUGGCUGCUGUGGAAGCCGCUGGUUCCACGGCAUCUGCAGAAUCUUUGGUGGUUAAGCCACCAUCCCACCCAACCUAUGAUAUCAAGGCCGUCAUCGCUCUCGCCCUCGCCGAAGAUGCGGGAGACCUAG